UUUCUUGCGACAGGUUCAACUCGAAACGUUUCUCUUGACGGUGGAUUUGGAUGUGCGCAUGCUCCGUGCAGCACAGUUAAAAAGAGUGAGUGAGUGGCCGGAGAGCGGUGGGGAAACAGAGUCGAGGUGAACCCUUGUGGAGGUGUCCUCUCUUCGCCACAUCAGCUACAGUGCCACAAUGUCCAAACCGAAGUUUCAGACGGAGUGGGAGGAAAUUGACGAGGAAUAUCAACAAUUGCAGGAAACGCACAAAAUAUACAGACAAAAGCUGGAGGAACUCACUAAUCUUCAGGCAACGUGCAGCAGUGCCAUCAGUAAACAGAGAAAAUGCCUAAAGGACCUGAGGUACAACCUGAAAAAAUGUUCAAAAACGAGCAAUGAGAAAGAACUGGAACUUAUAACAGACAUAAAAACGCAAAUCAAAGAAAAAGAGAACGUUUUCUUUGAUAUGGAAGCGUAUUUGCCAAAGAAGAACGGCCUGUACUUGAAUUUGGUCCUGGGCAACGUGAACGUAACUCUUCUCAGCAACCAGGCGAAAUUUGCCUACAAAGAUGAAUAUGAGAAGUUCAAGCUUUAUAUGACAAUAAUCCUGAUGUUUGGAGCAAUAACCUGCCUCUUCCUUCUCAACUAUCGAGUUACUGAUGAAAUCUUCAACUUUUUGCUGGUGUGGUACUACUGCACAUUGACCAUAAGGGAAAGCAUCCUCAUGUGCAAUGGCUCCAGGAUCAAAGGUUGGUGGGUGUCUCACCAUUAUGUGUCCACCUUUUUGUCAGGCGUUAUGCUUACCUGGCCAGAGGGACCAAUGUAUCAGAUGUUCAGAAGCCAGUUCCUUGCUUUCUCCAUUUAUCAAAGCUUUCUUCAGUUCCUGCAGUAUUACUACCAGAGCGGCUGCUUAUACAGGCUGCGAGCUUUGGGAGAGCGGAAUCAGCUGGACCUCACAGUGGAGGGAUUCCAGUCCUGGAUGUGGAGAGGACUCACAUUUCUUUUGCCUUUCCUCUUUUUCGGCCACUUUUGGCAGCUAUACAACUCGGUGACCCUGUUUCGCUUGGCAGGACACGAAGACUGUAAGGAGUGGCAGGUGUUCAUGCUGGCACUCACCUUUCUCGUCCUAUUCCUGGGAAACUUCCUCACCACGUUAAAAGUCGUCCACCAAAAAAUACAGAAAAACCAGGAAAAGGUGCAAAAAAAUGACUGAGCGCACCGUCGGCGGGGACAUCUCGGAUCCUUGGGACGGCCAGUAAUCUUGAAGCCACGUGCGCAGUCGUUUGACGGCCUGACCGCGGCGUGAUGGGGGUCGAGAGAAGGCGACACUUCAAACCACUGUUUCUCUCAGGCUUCGGCGACAACAGCAGCGUCCAGGCAGAGUGCUCGGCAAACACGCUCUCACUUUCUAACGACUCGUCGCUGAUGUUGCCGCUCAAUCAGGCAACAACGCAAAACGAUAAUGUUUACCUGAUGCACGAACAGCUCCCCUCCUCUACCCUGUAUAUAACAUGUGAGCGGAAAGAAUGCGUUUUAUUUGGGUGUUUGUGUUGGUGCAUGAAUCUUUUUUUUUUUUUUUUUUUCGGAGAGCCUUUGUUCAAAUCAUAUGCAACUAAAGGAGGGCAGGUAGCUUCCGUUAAAACAGGACAUAGUUUGCCUUUGAGGACGUAACGUCUGUCAUGUGCAUACUUCAUACUUCUGUGAAGUAGCAGAGGACAAACUGUCUCUGGCUCCGACACAGAACACUGAACGUGCUCAGUUUGACACCUUGAAUUUAUUAUGUGUAUUUCUCAACUUAUUCUUGUCUGAUUUCACUGCUCAACAGUAUUUUUACCAGACUUUUUUGGUCUGAAGUCUCAACUGUAGACCUUCAAUUUAAAAAGGAAAAAAAAAAACGCAUAAAAACGGAUACUUUACUGCCCAAGAUAACCUUCCCCCUGACGUCACCGUUUCUGUCGAGUCUGUUUUUACAGUUUUUCCUUCGUUUUGAGUCGGGACUAAAAAGGGAACGAAACCCAAUUUCUCCCGUCACGCAGCGGUUACAAAAGCCAUACCUGUGUCGCACGCCUGCACUCGAUUAUCUGGUUAAAAAGACGCACAUGAGAACCUGUACUGUCUCCACGAACGCGGAGGAUUCAAGGAGUGUUUUAAUGACAACUCCUCCAUAGACAUUAUGUGCUCUAAUUCUAACAAAUUAUAAUAAAUAACAUAGUAGUGGUGUUUCUCUCGCUGGUGUCAUAAGAGCUUUCAAGUUCAAAUUUAGUUUAGCACUUGAUGAUCCAUGCACCGUUUUGUUUUGUUUUGUUUUUUAUCAUUAUUUGACAUGACAGUGCUCGUAUUGAUAGUUAUAUAGGUGACGUUGCAGAGAUGUAUUCUGAUCAAAUGCUGCUAUUGGCACUGGUACUGUAAGACUAUGAUACAAAAUACAAUUUUGAUAAAAAUGUGAUGGAUUAUUUUUCUAAUUCCAGUCACUGUUAAAUAUUAAUUUAAUCUUUUUUAUAUAUCUAUAUAAUUUUUAUGUUGGUGUAAAAGAAUCGCUUAAGAGACGUUUUCCCCAUAAGUUUCAGGUCUCUGAUGCCUUAUUCUCUCCCCUCACAAGAAAAAGAGAAAAAAAAAAAGAUUCCUCAUUGAUUUUGGGAAAAGUAGCGUUACACUUCACUUCCUGCGAUGCAUUCAUCCCACUAAAGAGAAUCCCGGCGUUUGUGUAUCACUUUUUCUUUUUUUUUAAUUGAAAUUUAAAAUAUGUUCAGUUGUAGACCAAUAUUUUACAUUUGAUAUCGAGAGCUGCCAGAAUGCACAACACAACUUGAUUUCCUCAUUUUUAUGAUGUAGCUGUUCCAUUUCUGGCUCUGUAACAAGAGACAGUUUCUCAACCUGUGUAUAUUGUUGUAUAAAAAAAAUAUAUUACUAAUUAAAGACCUAAUAAAAAAAAAAUAAUCAUA